AUGCCAAAAAUACCUUACAAAGUAGAAAAAUCGCAGGAAGAAGAUGAAGACUAUGAAAUCGUUUCCUUUGAAGAUUUCUGCGACAAAAACUCGAGUUCUAAAACUGACUUAUUAACUUUGAAUGACAAUAUAAACUACCGUCUUUGUUACGAAAAUGAUAAGUCCCCGAAUUUUGCUGACAAAUACGGUGAAUCUUCGAAUGUGGACUCUGAAAACCACACAGAAACCUCGCUUAAUGAUUCUAAAAAUGUUACCUUCAAAAGAAAGCUCUCCAAUUCAUUUACUCCAUUUGGAAGAUCAAACGUCAAGACUACCAAAGCUCCUUUAUUCAGUGGAGUUAUACCGAAGUCGAGGAAUGAAGGAGAGUCGGUUUCUAGAGAACAUCGAUACCAGCGUUUCUCUGAGCAGCGUAACUGGCUACUGCGCUCUUGGGAGUUGGUUGCGACUGCUGGACCAGGCAUGCUGGGCGUAGCACUAGUCUGCGCGCUAUGUGUAGGAGCCUGGUGGGCCGCAAGUGGAGCCCUAGGUGGUGCUUGGGGCGAAGAACAUUACAGAAAAUUGUGGGAAAGAGCUCAUCCUGACAACACUAAGAAACCACCAACUCCAUUGACUUAUGAAAAGAUAUUACCAGAGUACCGGUAUCAUGAUCACAAUAACCUGAGUACUAAGAAUAAAAGCAACAGUACAGAAUUUACAAGGAAGAAUGGGAAUUUAAAUAAGAAGAGUUUUAUAGAACGUCCCAUCGAGGUGCUGAAAGACAUAUGUGCUAAAGUGGAGGACAACAUGCGUUUCGAUUGUUUUCCACAGGUUGGUUCUAAUGAAGAUGAUUGCAUCAAAAGAGGUUGUUGCUGGCGCAUUCCAGAGGGCAAAGGCAAUAUUCCGUACUGCUAUUAUCCACCUCAGUACGAUUCCUAUAGAUUCCUGAACAUGACUGAAGAUAAGCAUUCUGUUACCGUGUACUAUGAAAGAGCUCGUCCCACGGGAUAUCCGGGCGACUUCGAAGUUGCCAGAAUAGACUUCAAAUAUAUGUCUGAUGAUCUGCUGCAAAUUAAGAUAUAUGAUGCUAACAACAAGAGAUUCGAGCCACCUCUACCUGAAAUCGCUACACUCUCGAAGCCACUCACCGACAUGAAGUAUCGAGUAGAGAUUAAUGCUUCCGCUAUAGGAUUCAAAGUCAUUAGGAACAGUAACAAUGUUACCAUCUUCGACACUCAAGACGUUGGCGGAUUGAUAUUAUCGGACAAAUUCCUUCAGCUGUCAGCUGUUCUUUCAACCGAGUACAUAUUCGGUUUGGGCGAGAGACGCGCCAAAUUUAUGGUGGAUAUGAACUGGCAGACAUUCGCAUUAUUCAACAGGGACCGGGCGCCUAUUGAACAUUUAAACUUGUACGGUACGCAUCCAUUUUUUCUGGGUGUAGAACCGCAGGGUGAAAGUUUUGGCGUACUCCUACUCAACUCCAAUGCCAUGGACGUGGCGGUGCAGCCGGGCGGGGGCGUGACGUACCGCGCGACGGGCGGCGUGCUGCGACUGCUCGUGCUGGUGGGCGGGGGGCCGCGCGCCGUCGCCGCGCACUACGCCGCGCUGGUGGGCCGCCCGUUCGUGCCGCCCUACUGGGCGCUAGGGUUCCAUCUCUGCAAAUUCGAUUAUAAAUCACUGAAUGUAACUCGUGAAGUUUGGAAAAAGAAUAGAGAUGCUGGAAUACCUUUUGACGUGCAAUGGAACGAUAUAGACUACAUGAAGAAUAGAAAUGACUUCACUUACGACGAGGAAAACUUCGCCGGUCUACCGGCGUUCGUGAAUGAAUUACACAGAGAGGGGAUGCACUACAUGAUCAUCAUUGAUCCAGGAGUGAGUGCCUCAGAGAAGCCUGGCAGUUACCCGCCGUACGAUCGCGGCUUAGAGAUGAACGUAUUUGUUAGAAAUUCCACUGACCAACCGUUCGUAGGGAAGGUAUGGAACAAAGAGACCACCGUGUUUCCUGACUUCACUCACCCGAAUGCGACGCAGUACUGGCUCGAUAUGAUGACUGAUUUCCAUAAGAAAAUCAAGUAUGAUGGCGCUUGGAUUGACAUGAACGAGCCCUCCAACAUCGGUGGUAUAGUGGAGGGUUCGUGUGCCGACGAGCGGUACCCGUAUAUGCCGCAGACCGGUGACGAUCUGUUAAGAGAACACACUCUGUGUAUGGACGCCCGGCACUAUGCCGGCACUCAUUACGACUUGCAUAACCUGUACGGACUGUACGAAGCCGUCGCGACUAACUUUGCGUUAAGCGAUAUAAGGGGCAAGCGUCCGUUUAUAAUAUCGCGAUCCACGUUCGUGGGCUCGGGUAAAUACACCGGCCACUGGAGUGGAGACAUCGAGAGCUCGUGGCAUGAUAUGCGAAUGACCAUACCAGAGUUGCUGAACUUCAACUUGUUCGGGAUACCGAUGAUGGGUGCGGACAUAUGCGGGUUCCGUGGCGACACUACUGUAGAGUUGUGUAAGCGAUGGAUGCAGCUAGGUGCAUUCUAUCCGUUCUCCAGGAACCAUAACUCGGAUUCUUCUGCCCCUCAAGACCCGGUGAGCUUGGGUCCUGAAGUGGUAUCCGCUAGUCGAGCGGCGCUAAGACUUCGUUACAGAUUGCUGCCUUACUACUAUACUUUAUUUUACCGAGCACAUCUGUUCGGCGAGCCAGUUAUUAUGCCGUUAUUCUAUGAUGAUCCGAAGAACGUGAGCCUGUACGGCAUCGACGACCAGUUCAUGGUGGGCCCGCACGUGAUGGUGGCGCCCAUACUACAACAAGGCGUCACCACCACAUCCGCGUUGUUCCCAGCGCCACACCUCUGGUACCAUAUACACACCGGGGCUAGUAUACCCUCAGGACAGAGGACUGAUCUCUAUGAAGACCAGAUUGUCACCAUCAAGGGCGGGUGCGUGCUGCCGCUGCAGCGUGCAGCGCGCGCGGGCCCCGUGACCACCACCAACACGCGCAGCCAGCCGCUGCAGCUGCUCGCCGCGCCCUCGCCCGCGCCCGCCCGCGCCGCCCGUGGGGAACUGUACUGGGACGACGGGGACUCGCUCAAUAGCUACGACGAGAAAAAGUUCAGCCACAUAGAAUUCAAACUGGACCGCAACAUACUCGGUAGCAACGUCGUUUGGUGGGGAUACGGUGUACCUUCAAUAAAUAACAUUACAGUUUUCAAUCAACCGCCUGUCGUUUCUGUCACAAUCGACGGUAUUGACUGUACUAAACCGCGUUGCGACUUCGCUUACGUGGAGAAAUUCAAAGUACUCCAAAUAUAUAAUAUUAACUUGGCAUUAGAUAAGCCUUUUGAAGUCCAGUGGCUUUACAAAGCUAAACAAAAUAAAUCUGUUAAUGCAAAUAGUCCCGUUAUUUCUUUAUCUGGAUAA